UGACAAGGGAGCCUCUGGCCCAAGUGUUCGGUUGUGGGGGUUGCUAAUUAAGCAAUUCUCAGUAAGUUACCCAUUUGUGUGAUCUGAUAAGGAGAUCAGGGCCUCCUUCAUUCAGGAGCAUGCAGCAUGUGUGCCCAUUGCCCUCUGGGAGGCCCUAUGUUGUAGGGCAUAUGCCCACGUGCAUCCUAAGAGUAGGAUGAAGACUGUGGAGCUUCCCUGGUCUGGCUGUCCUCAUGCUUUAUUUGUCAACAGUUGCGUCGGAGUGACAUGAACUACAUUAAUGAUGACCUUCUGCAAUAUCCUGAUUGGAGAGGACAUGCCUUCCUGAGGGAAGAAGUAGCCCGGUUCCUGACCCACUACUGCAAGGCACCUGAGCAGCUUGAUCCAGAAAAUGUGGUUGUUCUAAAUAGCUGUGCCUCUGUCUUCUUGACCCUGACCAUGGUGCUGUGUGAUCCAGGUGAUGCCUUUCUGAUCCCCACCCCCUUCAGUUCCAGCUUCUCAUUAACUUCCUACCUGUAUUCAAAAGUUGAGCUGAUUCAUGUCCAUCUGCAGAGUGAGAUCACUGAGGCCAAUACCCAACCAUUCCAAUUGACUGUGGACAAGUUGGAGAAAGCCAUGGUUGAGGCUAAGUUUAAGAAGCAAAAGGUCAGAGGUCUUGUUCUCAUCAACUCCAAUAAUCCUCUGGAAGACAUCUACUCUCGGGACUCACUGAAGGAAUACCUAGAAUUUGCCAGGAGGCACGACCUUCAUGUGAUUAUUGAUGAGAUUUGCAUGCUGUCUGUGUUUGAUGAAUCCAUCCCAUUCAACAGUGUUCUGAGCAUGGAAAGUUUACCUGACCCCAACAGGACCCAUGUGAUAUGGGACACCAGUAAGGGUUUUGGGAUUUCUGGCUUUCAUUUUGGCACUCUGUAUACCCACAACAAGGAGGUGGCCUCUACUGUGGGUGCUUUCGGCUUCCUCCACAGCAUCUCUGGCAUCACCCAGCACAAGCUGUGUCGACUGCUCCAGGACAGAGAAUGGAUUGACAACGUGUACCUGCCCACUAAUUGCUCCCGGAUGAAAGAGGCUCACAAGUACAUCACUAACAGGUUGAAGACAAUGAACAUCCCUUUUCUCAAUUGUGGCUCUGGCCUCUAUAUCUGGAUCAACUUGAAAGAGCACCUGGAUCCAUGCACUUUUGAGGAAGAGCAGCAGCUUUAUUGCCGCUUCCUGGACCACAAGCUCCUAUUGGCCCCUGGCAAGGCUUACAAAUGUAAGGAGCCUGGCUGGUUCCGAAUCACCUUUGCAGAUAAGCCCCAGCGCCUGAAAGUUGGUGAGUGGUGCUGACAUCCCAAUCCUGGUGUCUUCCCCUCCUGUAGUCCAAUAGCUGAGUCUUCCCUUACUGGGCUUUAGUAUCUAUAGCUUCAGCUCAUCUAUACCUUAGAUGGUUUGCACUUUCAUAUUUUGAUUAAGUUCCUUUGCAAACUGGGGCUACGUGA